GAGGAGAUAUGACGAAGGGACUCACCGGAGAGGGACUUGGGGAUUAGGGUGACGGUGAUGAAGUUGAGCAAGUCGGUUACAGCCAUGCACGAGUAUGUUGAGCAGCAGAACCUGAAGAAGGAGGAGAAGGAGCGUAGAAAGCGUGAAAAGAAGGAGGCAGCAGAAUGGGAAGAAGCCGAGAAAGUGAGACAAGAAGAGAAGGAGGCACGUGCGACAGAGAAAGCUCGUAAGUGCGCGGAAGAGCAGAAGAAAGCUGCGGACGCUGAAAGGGAGCGACGUGCGCAAAUGAAGAAGGACGUUGAUAUUUCAAUGGCCCCUUUCACGCCGUUUACGCGCGGGGCCUUGGAACGGCUACGCUAUCGAAACAAGAUGAUCGAUGCGCUGAAAGCCCUUGAUGUUGUCGAGCUGCAGAAGUGUUGCAAGGCGGAAGGGAUACCCUACAAUGGGAAGAUCGAGGCAGUCCUUGAUAUUGCCGAUGUCAAGGUGUUGAUAAGAUUUGGGACAACAACACAGGGGGCAGACAAUGUGAUUUGCAUUGAGGAAUCGGAAGACCGGGGAGGUAAGUCGGACCGCGAUGCUCGACCAGAUGAGGUUGUGGCUUGAGAACGCUUGGAGACGCCGAAGCUGUGGAAGCUUUACAAGUACCUCACUGAUUCGAGACGGGAUUCGUAUAAGGUUGACCCAAGA